UGGUGCUCGAAAAAAAAUGGAGGUGCACAGAUCAAUGCCAAGAGUUUGCACUCAUAUUCGAGUUUCGAUGCUGCCUUUUCUCGGAUAAAAUGUUACAUUUAGAUAAUUGUUCAUUUGUUACUGGUUAAAUACUUAGCUGGUUGUCGAGCGAGGUCAUUUGCCAGUGCAGCCGACCGGGCCGGUCGGUGGUCAACGCAUGAGUUCCGCGAAAGCCCGUACAUUUCACAUUCUGAAAAUGAUCUCUCCGUAUUUUAAACAGAAUGGUACCACUGAAACUAUGAUCAUGACCAGGAAUAAAUCGGUCAGUACAAGAAGUAUGAAUCUGCCUGCUUUGAAAACGAAGAUGUCACAGGAACGGGAUUCAACAGAACCUGUAGUGCGCGUGAAAGAGGAGAGUGAGGAUUUAAGCAUUUCUCAAGUUGAAAAGAACAGACAGAGCUCUCCUCCGGCUCAUCCUAAAGUCUCACCUAAGACGGUGUGUCAGCGCGCGUCCCCAGCUGUGCAGCCGGAGACCAAUGGCGCGGAGCAGAGAAGCCCCCCAGCGCGACGCCGGAGAGGGCACGUCAAGGCGGAGUACGAGGAGACGGAGGUGAAGAAGGAGCGCUGGGAGCCUCCGGACUGGAGGAGGCAGCUGGACCACAUCCGGGAGAUGAGGAGGGGCAGGGACGCCCCCGUCGACCACAUGGGGGCAGCGAAGUGCUUCGAUCCCAACGCCCCCCCUGAGGUGGUACGCUACCAGGUGCUGAUCUCCCUCAUGCUCUCCAGUCAGACCAAGGACCAGGUGACUGCGGCCGCCAUGCAGAAACUGCGAGAGCACGGUCUGACGGUGGAGGGAAUCCUGAAUACUGACGACGAAACGCUGGGGAAACUGAUCUACCCUGUGGGCUUCUGGAGGACAAAGGUGAAGUACAUCAAGCAGACCACAGCAGUCCUACAGCAGGAGUACGGGGGCGACAUCCCAGACAGUGUGGCCGGACUCGUCCGCCUCCCGGGGGUGGGGCCAAAGAUGGCACACCUGGCCAUGAGCAUCGCCUGGAAGCAGGUGUCUGGAAUUGGGGUGGACACGCAUGUACACCGCAUCUCCAACAGAUUGGGCUGGACGAGAACUGAAACCAAGACCCCAGAGGAUACCCGUCAGGCUUUGGAGGGCUGGCUGCCAAGGGAGCUGUGGAGUGAGAUCAACUGGCUUCUGGUGGGCUUCGGCCAGCAAGUGUGCCUGCCUGUGGGUCCCCUGUGCUCCCUCUGCCUCAACCAGCACUGCUGCCCCUCCGCCCACCGCGUCUCCCCAGGGAAAAGGGCUGGUGUCAUCUCCCCCAAAUCUCCCAGAUCCCCCGGGCCAAGCAGGGUCAAAGCAGACCCUCACAGCCCUCCUGCACCUCCGCGUGACAUCAAAGAGGAGCCGCUGCCCUCAAGCCCCACUGCACCAGCAAGGAGGACCAGAGCCAGAGCUGCCGCUUCCUCCAGGGCAGCUGCAGCAGCAGGGCGUGGAAGAGCAGACCCCGGUGGCUCCUGAUCCCAGAGCAGGUCACACAUAGCGGCUCAUUGCC